AACUUUCUAAUGUGAUGAAAAUAUAGUACCAGAAAAUAAAAUAUGAACAGAAGCAUGGAUGAAACAGAUAUAUUAAAGGUUAUAAUACCGUCGUGUCUAGAGGAUCUUCCGAUUGUAAAUGGCACUCAAAUCAUUGAAGAAGGUCCGAGAGUUUGUCCGCUGUGUGGAUGUGAAGUGAAGUUCUUUUUUUUAAAUUUUCAAGAACAGCUUUUAAUGUGUGAGAAUGUGGAGUGUCAAUACCCAUUUGGAUAUGAAGACUUGCAGUUUAAGAGGUUCGAAGAUGUCGACGCGUCAGAUAUGGUAUCUAUAAGAACGAGAGCCAGUCGGGUCACUCUCAUGUCACCAACGGGGUCUAUGGUAUCCACCCACGCCUGGUCCGAAAUUGAUAAAAUGAACAGAAUGUAUGAUGAAGACAGUCAGAGUGAAAGAUCGUUAUGCAAUGAAAAGAAGCAGAAGGAAGCUACACAAAAUAAAUUAGACAAGGCCAGUAUAAAUGAAAUCAAAAAGAAUGUAGAGAGUAUAAAAGGUCUAAAUGAGGAGCUGAAGCAGCUAUCUGAAUCUAGUCAUGUAAUUAAAAACGAGAAAUGGAUUAAGAAGUUACUGGACUUACAGAGUAUGACUAAGGAACAUCUUCUGAAGCCGCAAGAGAUGGAACAAAUAGAGGAAGAAAUAAAGCAACCGGAAGUCAAAAUUGCCAUUCAGCAAGGUGACGCUCAGACCAUCUCCACUAUACAGAUUAACUUGGCCUAACAUUUAUUAACCAAAGGAAAGUAUUAUGUUUGAAGUGAAUCAGCACAGUGGCUACCAGGUUGUGCUAGCUAAGAUUUAAAUGUUUGAAAGCAGUUCAAUAUAAUUAGUAUUACUUUUUAGCAGAACUCAAUGGUGAAUUCUGACAUUUUAUUGUAAAGCUACUUCAAGAAUAGACUGGAUCUGGUAGACUAGUAACUAUUAUUUUCUUAGUUCAAAAGUGAGAAUGUUACAAUAGGGACAUUAACUUAUUUUGUGUGCGUACUACGUAUAGACUUUUAUUAGUGGUAUAAGCUUAGGAUAUUGAAGCUUUGAAAAUAGAAGUCAUUGAUUCACAUUAAAGUGACUUCUAAUUAUUAUUUAUGUUAUUUAGUAUAAACUUUUCUGUUUUCUGUUAAUUCUUGAUGGU